UAAUAAAAAAGAAGAAUUAAAAAUAUAACCAGCCGAUAAUAUUCUUAACAAAAAUAUAUUUUUUUAUUAGUAAUUAACAAUGAGCGCAUGAGAAUACAACGUUGAAAAGAUUCGUGAUUCGUUAUAGAAGCGAUUAUUUCUUAAAAUUGUAUUUUUUCAAAAAUAAAAAAGAAAAGUUAACGCCAUUAAAAUAAAUUACUAGUUAGAAAAACAAAUUUUGCCCAGAAUUGCUCUAAGAAAUAACCAAUAUAAAAAAGCAGUGCUUCUUCUGGGAGAAAUCAAAAAAGGAAGAAAAAUAAGAAUAAAACGAAAUCAAAGUGCUUUAAAAUAACCAACAACAACAAUAACUACCAAAAGCAGUAUUUCGUCGUCGUUUCCUUGUCCAUAAUAUAAAAAUAACAAAGAAGAAGAAUACAUAUAAUAAAUAUAAAAAACGAGGAAAAAUAUAAAAAUAAGAAAAUAUUUUUGUCUUCCUGCUUCAUAAAAAAAAAGAAAGAAUUACGUACCUAAAAAAAGUUUUCUCUUGCUGGUUUCUUGUUGCAAUUUACUUGAAAUAAAUCCGACAGAAUUUACAAGAAAAUUUUAAGAAAAGAAAAAUAAUUUUUAGAAAAAUUGUGCAAUUGUUUUUUUUUUGUUGUUUUUGUGUAAAAUACAAGAAAAUUAAAUUAGAAAAAUAUCAAAAAAACACCAGUGAAAAAUUAUUAACGAAACCAAAAAAAAAUUGGUAUUAACGAAACAGGAGGGUUGGUGGGUCUCAAUACGUCUGCCUAAAAUAAGCUUUCAAAUGUAUUGAAAAUAGGAAAAAAAUAGAAAUAACACAACAAUUUCAACGAUUCUUUUUAUUUUAAAGAAAAAGAUAACGCAAGUUCCCCAUUUUAAUUUGAAAGCAUCAACAUCAUCAUUAUCAUCGAUAAUAACAUCAUCAACGCCAACAAAAGAACAAAGGAAUAUCAUAAUUAUUAUUAUUGUUUUUGUUGCUGAAUAAUUAUAAAGCAUCAGCAACAGAACAAUACAAACGUAAUACAAAAACAACAUAUAGAAUAGAACAGAGAAGACAAGUACCACUUAACCACAAAAAAGAUAUUCCAAAAUAUAUAAUUGCCAUGGAUCUUUCAUAUAUUGUUUGUAAUGCAGCCAGAGAAAAUAAUUUAACUCUACUGAAGAAUGCUCUCAAUGGCAGAUCAGCUUCAGAGAUUGCAAUGCUUAUAUCGUCAAAAGUUAGUGGAGCCACACCCCUGGUUAUAUCCUGCCGCAAUGGACACAGUGAAAUUGUAGAAUAUUUAUUGACAUGGUGUCAAGCUGAUGUUGAACAGGUCGGCUCCGUUAGUUUCGAUGGUGAACCAAUUGAAGAUGCUCCCCCACUCUGGUGUGCUUCGGCUGCCGGCCAUUUGGGCAUAGUAAAGCUAUUAGUUAGACAUGGCGCCAAUGUUAAUAGUACAACACGUACGAAUUCAACACCUUUAAGGGCGGCCUGCUUUGAUGGACAUUUUGAAAUAGUCAAAUUUCUAAUACACAAUGGAGCUGACUUUGAGGUAGCGAAUCGUCAUGGCCAUACUUGUUUAAUGAUUGCCUGCUAUAAGGGACAUUUCAAAAUUGCACAGUAUUUAUUGUCGUUGAAUGCGAAUGUCAAUCGUUGCAGUGUUAAGGGUAAUACCGCCUUGCACGAUUGUGCCGAAUCGGGUUCUUUGGAAAUUUUACAGUUACUUUUGAAACAUGGUGCCACAAUGGAGGUGGAUUAUUAUGGCAUGACACCUCUGCUGGCAGCUAGUGUUACCGGUCAUUUGCCCAUUGUAGAACAUCUCAUCACAUUGCCCAGUGUUAGUCGUGAAAGUCGCAUUGAUGCUUUAGAGCUAUUGGGUGCCACAUAUGUGGAUAAGAAACGUGAUAUGGUUAGUGCAUUGUCAUUGUGGAGACGAGCCAUGGAGGAACGCAAUCAGGAGCCAAAGAUACCCAAAGUAGUGAACGAGCCCAUUGCGGCCUACGAGUAUGUAUCAGAAGUGACAACAAUUGAGGAUUUAGAAGAGCUGGUUUUGGAUCCGGACGAAAUGCGUAUGCAAGCUUUGGUCAUACGUCAAAGAAUAUUGGGUCCAACACAUCCCGACACAAGUUAUUAUAUACGUUUUAGAGGGGCCCAUUAUGCCGACGCAGGUCGUUUUGACCGUUGUAUUGAUCUUUGGACUUAUGCUUUAACUAUGCAACAAAAAAUCUUACCACCCCUCAGUCCUAUGACACAGUCUUCUCUUUUGUCUUUUGCCGAAUUAUUCAGUUUCAUGUUGAUGGAAGCUGGACGCUUGCUGCCUCGUGGUCGUGUGGUGCCACCCAUUGAGGCUUGCGAUAUGCUUAUGAUUUUCAAUAAGGCUGUCUUGGAGGUUGAGAGAGGACAAAGUUGGUCGGUGGAACAGCAGAAAAGUGCCGCUACAUCAGCGCAGCAACAUCAGCAGACAACGCAACAAACAUCGACACAGUCUCAGCAGCAGCAGCAGCAGUCACAGCAGACUGUUACAAAUGUUCACGAUUGCAAUCAUGAUCCCAAUGCUUUAAGUCGCGCUCUUGUUAGUGCUUUACAUAUUGGUUGCCUAUUGGCCUGGUUGGUCGAAGAUGAGACUUUCUGUCCGAAAAUGCGCCGUGAUAUUUUGGUGGCGCUUUAUAAGUUAAAUCGUCUUAAUGUGGCGGUGCGUUCGGGUCGCACAGCUUUGCAUUAUGCUUGUUAUAGGGAGGGAACUCUUGUUGGCCGGUAUCCGGCUUGUCAGUUUCCUUCUCCAUCUUUGGCUAAGGCUUUAUUAGAGGUUGGUGCCGAUCCCAAUGCAACCGAUGAUGGUGGUAAUACGCCUUUACAUUUAGCUGCUAUUGCCCAGCCGUGUCAAAAGGAUAUGGCAAAGAUUUUACUGGAUCAUGGGGCUCAUUUGGAUGCCCGUAAUAAUGCUGGUGACACAUUUGAAUCUCUUAUAAAACCCAAGAAAAUCCAUGAAAUCUGCAAUCCACUCAAAUACACCACAUUGGCCUGUCUAGCAGCGAAAACCAUACAAAAACACAACAUCAAAUAUGACUCAGUGCCCACAGCUCUACAUAAAUUUAUAGAGAUUCACUAAAUCUUGUCGUUUUUGACUGCAGCUGUAACAAGCAGUAACAAUUGAAAUGAAACGAAAGAAAAAAAAAAAACAAAAAAACAAAAGCAGAGGUAAAACAAAAAUUGUCCUUAUUUUUUGUGUUUCCUGUAUCCUGUGUUGGCUGUUUUAAGCAAACUUUAGCGUACUAACUCAAUUAUUAAAACGAACCUCCCAAAAAAACAAAAAACAACGACUAUAUUUAUACAUUUAUAUAUACAUUUAAAAAUAUUCCUGUUUAUUUUUAAAAAUAAUAAUUUUCCUACGCUCUCUCUCUCUUUAAAAAAGAGUCACGAAGUUGCAAUCAACGAAUUAUUUUUCUAAACAAAUCUAUUACAUACAUACACACACACACAGUUAACAUAAAGAAUUUCUUUUUUUCUUUAGUUGUUGACAAAGAAAAUUGAAAUUUUGUAUUCAUAAAUGGGAAAUUCAUUCUUUUACUGCUGUCUCCUAAAACAGCUUCCAAUUCUACUCACUCCUUCUGUAUAAAUGUUUUUAAGUUUGUAUAUUCUAUUUUUAUAUUAUUUGUUUAUUUGUAUUUUUUUUUAUUAAAUUUAUUAUUAUUUGUUCCAACAAUCAUUUGCAACAGUAGCGAGUGGAGAAUAUAAGCAGCAGCAAUACUUUAUAAAAGGCAGACAUUAGGCCACAACAAUACCAUGUAAAUACCCAUAAACAAAAAUAAUAAUAAUACUAAAUAAUAUGAAACCGAUAUGAAUUUAAAUUUGCUUUAAUGCAAUCUUAAACCCAUUCAAAACGAUUCAAUUACUAUUGAGUAUAGAAAGUAAUGACAG